AGGCAAUUAGGGAGCAGAGUCUUUCGUCAAUCUGGUUCACUACUUGAUUUGGGAUGAUUUUGAUGAACAGGGGAAAAAACAAGAGAAAUAGCCCGGCUAGUGGAAUCUAUCAGAGGAAAACGAGAAAGCUGACUGAUGAAGAAGAAAGGAAGGCCUUUUUGGCAAACGAAAUUGUUGUAUAUGAUUGAUUGGCCAUUCUCCCUUCUCUUUGGGGGCUUUGGCUCUCUUAUUAUUCACGUCCACGGUUCAUAUUUUGAUCAUCUUGGUGACCUUUCUUCGAAUACAAUCCUUUUAAGGGGAAAACGUGAUUCUUUAGCUUAUGUUGUAAUAAUGCAUGCAUGUGAGGUGCAUAUACUGUGCAUUUUCAUGUAUCAAGUGUAAUUUAUUGUUGAUUGGCAAGAGAAGUACUUCAAUCAAAUUGAUGUAGUAAUUGUGUUUGUGUUGAGUAUUUUCUGUUAUAUCUUCUCUGUACUGAGAGCAGGUAACUAACUGCGAAUGAGGAGUUGAUCUAGUGGUUUUAUUAUGAUUCUUCAAUAUAGAGG